GUGCCUAUUACAUAAACGAAAACUUAUUAUAAAACUUUAAAAAAAAAUGCAUUCAGUCACUCUGGACGGCAGUGGUUCGCCAAGGAAACGCACGUUUUCUCGGGGAAUUAGCGAGGAUGAGUCUCUCCGCAGCAUUAUAAAAGAGCAGACCGAGAGUUCGUCCAGGCGUCUCACACGAAGCGACAGUCGAGCGGGCACCCUGAAGAAGAGGAGUGACAGUCAGCAGUCUGAUCAGGAACUCUUCAUGGGACUCCCUGAAAUGCUGGAGCUGCAGGCCAGCUAUGAGGAGGUGGUGCAGGAGCUGCGUGGGCUGGAGGUCGAGCGAGAGACUCUGUUGUUCCAGGUGGACGUGCUGCAGGACACAUUGGAGGGUGUCGAGGAGCUGCUGGCUGAGGCCCAGAGAGAAGCUGGGCAGGCUAAUUUGGAGUUGGAUAGAGAGAGGGAGGCCAAGAGGAACCUGGAGAGCAUGGUCUGCUCGCUGAUGCAAGAGGUGGAGAGAUUAAAAGAGGAAAGGAACAACGACCUGUCUGCCCAAGUGAACACACACAGAAGUGUGGAUGAGGUAGUGAGACAAGCACACCAAAUGAAAAAUGGCGCAUGCAGAGAAGAAAGUGAAUCAUCGCUGUGUGAAACUCACAGCAGUGAAAGCAGAGGUAAAGCAUCAGAGGAAGUGGAACUGAGCGAGGAGGCUGAGGGAAGUGUCCUGUCCAAGCUGCGGAAGAUAGUCACUAAGCCGUUGAGCCACUUGCCCUCUCUUGCGCUGGACAACCCAAUGUCUGAAGACGGGGUCCUGCAGAGGCCUUACGAAAACUGUGUUGUGGACAGACGGGAUCCUUCUCCGGACCGGAACGACUCGGACAGCACAAGUGCCUACGAGGAUGCCUCUGCCGAGACUCCCGAGCAGGACAGGCUGUUUCCGGGUGAAGUUGACACUUUGGAGCUGCCGAAUGAUUCGGAGAAUAAAGACACAAGUGCGACUGACGGCAGCCAGGUCUACGACAGCGAGACCCAGGCCUCCAGAAACCCUGAAAAUUGUGUUGUGUCUUAACUAAUCUGUUUUAUCCACAUUUGGGCAAAAGGUCAAAGAUAAUUAUUGAUCAUUUGGUGUAAUUCAAGAGCUCCUUGUUUUGCAAUUUACACAUAUCUGAUAUUUAUGUUCUUAGAAAACUUUGAGGCCAACAUUAACAUUCAGAGUUGUAAUUAGAGCUCCAGCAAAUAGGCGAUUAGGUAAUGUUGUUGUUUAUAUUUUCUUUCCGUCAGCUUUCAGCUUCUCAGAUGUGAGGAUUUGCUGUUUUUCAACAAAUUUAAUUUGUCACUUUAGGCUCUGGGAAAUUGUGAUAAUGAUAAUCACUAUCUGACAUUUUUUAACGAUAUGAUCGAUUGAGAUAAUAAUUGGCAUCUUAAUUGAUAACAAAAAUAAUGGUUAGUUAGGGCCUUAAUUUUAAUACACUGUAGAGUUGUUAGUUUUGGUUUUAAAUUCACAGCAAUCAAACUCAGGAUGCCUGUGGUUUACUCGCUGGAAUUCCACUAAUGACUACUUUAUAUUAAUUGCCAAUGGUUUCAUUUUAAUGUCUUAACUUGCUGUUUCUUUUAAAUACGUGGAAUAGACAUGGAAAAUACUCCAUGCUGCCUUGACCAUUUUCCUCUUUGGUAAUCUGAUUUGUGUACUAAUAAGACACAAAUCAGGAUUUAACUGUAGACAAAACACAGUGAGCUCAGUGAGUAUUUGGACUGUUGCUGCUUUGCCUCCAAUCAUGACUACACAUCAGAAAGUUAGAGAUUUAAGCAAGGCAGGCGCUCAGCAGCUUGUAACUGCCUUUAAAGAUAUUCGGUCUGGGUUUCCUCAGCUAUAGAGCUGACUGUAAAGGACAUGCUCACUUGUUUAAGGUUAGAAGACAGACUUUCUAAAUAAGGGAAAAUGCCAUUUACGUACUGCCUUGCUGACCUAACAGACACAGCCCUUUUACUGUUUUGUUUUGAAUUUAGGGAAGUUGAUUUUGCUGCAUUUGCACUUUUAAAAAUACUUGUAUUGUGGCAUAUAUUUGUCAUUACAUUUGAAAAGACAUUCCCUUUACAACCAAACACAUCAGCGAGAAGCAAUCAGCUGACCUGCUGCAGGGGCUGUGCUCUCUCCCUGCGUCGUAAUACUGUUUGUUUGCACAUUUUCCAGUCAAACUUGCUGAAAUUAGUCUCUUUGGAUGUCUCUGCUGUGUAUACUUUGUAUUUAAUUUUCUUUGUUUACAAUGUUACCUUUUUACCCUUGAGGCAAAGAAUAGACCCGUUCACUUUGUUUAAGAUAAAUAGUUUGCAUGAGCACCUAAGAAUGUAUAUCAAUUUCCAAACAGCACAUGAUAUGAUCUGUCAUUUAUUAGUACUUAAGCAUGCAGUGCUUUCAUACAUAUAUCAAAAAAUACUUUGAUUUUCUGCCAAAACUCAUGUUUAGAAGUGGUGUUGAGAAGGGAAUGUUUAGUUUCAGUCUUGUUUGCAAAUAAUUUAUUGUUGUCAUUCCUCGUUUUUAAGAUGGAUCUUUAGCAGAUUUAACAGGUCAUUUCAGUUUUAAAGUAACAUAUAUUACACUAACAUUUUAGACAAUGAAAACAGCAAUUUUACUAACUGAUCCUAUCACACGUACACACAAGGAAACAAUAUUAAAACAUUUAAGGAAAUAUGAAAAUAAGUUUGCAGGUGCUGCAUUUAGCUGCAUAUCUUUCUGUGAGUUUAAGGCAGAAUAUUCGGAAUUGUAUUGACUUAUUUGUCUUAAUCACUUGUAUCACAUGGUCUUAUUUAUACAUAAUGCUGGUUCACAUGCAAAUACUUGAUUAUCUGAUGUGCUGGCUGGCCGUGAUGCUCAAGCCGCUUAGGUGACAUCCUUUCCCCCCCCCCAUAAAUGGACUGAUAGAAGGCAUUACUGUAGUACUGUUUCUGUAGUGUUGUGCAGUGGCACUGUGGUCAGAACAAUCAGGUCAUCUCUACAUGACGCGGUCGUCAUUGGUUGUUUAUGCUGUAGGCAGUGGGGAAAUUUUUUUCACGCAAAGCAGAAAAUUUUGAUGCGUUUUCUGGGUCUAGAUAUUUUCUACUUGUCCUGAGCUUUGUAUUAAAUGUUCAGAUGUGACAGUAAAUGACAUGAAUUUAUACUUGUAACUGAAAUUACAUUCCAGACAUAUCAGAAUAAAAGGACUGAAUAAUA